AUGCGGAUUCUUGUAUACCAGGAUUUGGCGCAGCUUCUGUGCCUGCUUUCUGUGCAUCAGCCGAAUCAUGUGCAUGGGGAUGCGAUCAUCGCUCGACUGCUAGACCCUGCUGCCGCGUGGAUGUCGAGACUCGAUGCCAGUGUGAUGCGUGCGCAAAACAUGCGACGUGAUCGCGCAGCUUCUCAGGACGCGGUGUGUGUCUUGUUGGCACUGCGUCUACUCACGGCCAUGACCAUGUAUGCGCGCGGCAAGUUUGCCGCAGGUGUGUGGGAGCGAAUCCACUGGAGCAGCGAGCUGCAUGCGAAAUUAGCAUCGAUGCGACGACGAACGAGUGCCGCGCGGAGUGGCCUAGAGGUGUCUAUCUAUGACAUGGACAUACGAACGCAGUACAUGGCAUGUCUCCUUGCGAUGCUCACGCAGUCGUUUCACGGAUCGCUCAAACUGGCGGUCCUCGACCUGGCAAGCACAAGUGACGUAUGGCAGGGCAUCUUUCGUGGUCUCGUGCGUGAUCCAGCAGGCAUUGUGCGGUACGUGCUUCUUGUUCUGUACGAGGAAGUGUGCAAAGAUGUGCAUGUGCCCCAAGGCGUCAAAGCCAAGUUCCUGGGCGACCACACAUGCGCAGCGCUCAUAAGCCUGUACACACGCGAAGCAGAGCUUGUGGACGGCCGUGCAUCAAGCACCACGGUCGCUGAUCUCGUCCACCACUUCUUCUUGCGCAUAGCAACGCAGCCUGGCUUUGGCGUGUGCUAUGCGGACCAUGGCUGGUACGGACGUGAUGGCGAUGGCGCUGUGCUGCACAACAAAAUCAACCUCGCCCUUUUGCGGAAGCUGGAUGCCGUCAAUGAUCUGCGGCAGCAAGAGCUCGCGCUCCGGAUCUGUGGUGCGUGUCCGGAGCUCGUCGGCCCGUUCUUAUCGAAAACCAGCAUCGAUGUGCGCGCGGACCAAGCUCAAUGCUUCAUGAGCAUCGCCUUUGUCGGUCGUGUGCUGCAGCUUCCUGUACCGCUGCCGGAUCGAUCAACGCCUCCACCACACUUUGCGAUUCUCCAAAACACCGCGCCAGAGCCUGUCUGUCGUGCCUUGACCAAGGCUCUCUCCCAUACGAGUGCACUUGUCCAGUACUAUGCAUGCACGCUGUAUGCGUGUGUGUUGGAGCGCGCAUGUGCGUUCCGGCGCAUUGCACAGCGCAAAGCCCACGAUGCCGACGAGCAGCAAGGCCACGGCGUGUGGACACAAUCCCUGCACGCACUCGAAUGGGCCUGGCGCACGCGGCUGCCAGACAUCGAGGCUGUGACGCCGCUCUUGCUAAGCGCACAAGCUAUGCGGCGGGAAGCCGCACUGCGUGUGCUCGCGCUGUACCUGGAAGCCGUGCCCAGUGCUGCCUUUGACACGCACUGGGACGCAGCACAGUUGCUGACGCAGGCGUUUUUGCUGGACACUGCGCCAGCAUCGUCAUCGCCAGCACUCCAUUGGGACCGCGUGUGUCAGGCACAUGUGCUGCGCAUGCUUCGGAGCAGUGCAUCCGCCGGGCUCGAUAUCAUGGCUCGUGUACCGACACCCCUGGCCAGGUCACCAAAGCCACUCCUAGAUGCAUGGCUCCAAGCUCUUCUACCCACCGACGACGCCGGCCCAGUUCAUGCGGAAGUGCUUGCCUUCUGGGACGAGUGUCUCGGGCGGUGCAGCAAGACGCCAUACCGGUACGCUGAGCGUGUGCGUGAAUGGGCCUUGGAAGACGGUGACGGUGCCACGGGCAGCCCCACCAUAGUCAGCCCAUUGCUGGCUACUCUUUGGGAGCAGGCAUGCAUCCGCCUGCAGAAGGACAUGUGGGACGAACCACAGGCUGCGCGAAUCACAGCAUACAUGACACGUCUGUGCAUCGCACUCCUGCGGUAUGGCUGUGCAGCCACGCCACUGCGUGCUCUGUCGCUCAAGCUCGCAGAAGUAGCACCAACGCACGCGUCGGACAUGUGCAUGUUGAUGAAGGCGGCCUGUUCAGUCCCAAGUGUUCCCGAGUCCGUGUCCAUCCAAGAUCCGAUUCUUGCUAGUCGACCAGACACGUAUGCUGAAGUGAUCGCGACCCUCAGCCACGACGAUGCGCCCUUCAUGUUGCAUGUGUGGCUGCAGCGUCUGCACCCUGACGCCAGUGCAGGUGUGCUUGCUUGUCUGCCCUUGAUCGCCCAGACAUUUGAUGCUCUAGACACUUGGGCAUCUCAGCACCACAUGUCAGCCAGGGCCCUGCAGCAGUGCCUCUGGCAGCACCCAACCACCAAGACUUGGCUGUAUGCCGGGGACAGUGACCAUGUGGCCGAUGCCGAGCUGUUUCUCGCACGUCUUGUGUCGUUCGCCGUAGAAUGUGCAAGCGUGGGGAGUGGUGCGCGAGACGAGACAAAGAGUACGUUGGCCUGUGACGAAUCGACUUCGACGACGGUGUCCAGCACGUCCAGUGCAGUGAAUCUUCCUGCAUUCGACCCAGCUGCGUAUCGCGCUUGCUUCGCACUGAUCUUCGAUACCAUCGUCGAUCGUCUGUCCCAGUGUCCCACACACCCGACAUGGCUCGCAUGCAUGACGAAACUGGCGCCAUGGGCCUCUAGUGAGCAUUUGGCGCAGCUCGUGCAUGUGUGGCCAGCAAUGCAUCAAGCAGACGAAGCGCAGCUACGUACGCUAGCUGUGCUUGUGCGGCACGUCCAAGCUGAUCGCGAUGCACUCUUUGGCUUGCACACCCAAAUGCAUACCCUUUUCCAGCGUGCUCCCACUUCCGAGGCGGCUGCCGACGUGUUCGAUGCUAUUCUACAAGCAACAUUGCCGCCGGGGCUCGAUCCGUUCUGGCCACAGACGCGUGGCUCGUCUGCGGCCUUGGCCCAUGCAAGAGCACACGCGCCACAGAUGCCCCUUGCUCGUCUCGAUGGUAUGCGCGAUGCAACUCUGGCUCGAGCCCUGUACCUGAUACCCGACGCAGUGUUGCAUAGCGCUGCAUUGCCAAGUGGUCCAUUUGCUAGACUGGCAUCUUUAGAACUAAGACACGCCUCACCUGCCCCACUUGCUCCCGUGGCGAACCUGGCCGCGCUGCUGCCAGAGCUUGUCCCAUCGUGCCUGGAUGAUCCUCUCGCUUGUGCGAUCCUAUCCUUCGUGUACAAGACUUGCUCAGCGCCUGCGGCCCAAGACAACUCCGUCUCGCGUACUUGGAUCGAGGACGCUGUAUGCGCAGCGAUGCAAGAGAUCCCUAUCUCAAUAAGCAUGUGCGCACCACACAUGACCUGGUUCGUGUGGGAAUGCGGCUCAGCGCGCAUGCAGUCGACGCUGCUUGAUCGCGGCUUGCGCUUCCUUACCCGGCGCUACGCCGAAGAUGUUCAUGACACGCCGACGACCAUGGCUUGGACGCGCGCACUUGCCCCUGUUGUGCAGACACUUGGUCAGGUGUAUGCCUCAGUAGCUGAACCGUUUUUGGCCGCGACCGUGCAGCACCGUUGUAAGGACCGUGACGCCAUCCGUCUUGCGCUGGCAAUUACACAUACAUACACGCUCAAGAAUGCCGUCGCUGAAAGACUGCUGCACACGCUCUUGUCCCACACAGAUAUGCUUGAAGUGGCGCGUCGAGGCGCGGACGAGCCAUUGCGACGACCCAUGGUGGCUCUAGUCGUCCGCCUGGCCAGGUGCGCACACGAUGCUCUGUCGCAGCCAACCACACUGGCACGCCUACUGUACUUGUAUACCGGAACGCUGCACCCAUGUGAUACUGCUUUGUUUGCAUUGCUUGAGCGUCAUGCACGACGCCCCCUCGGCGAUGUGUGGGCUGCAUGGACAACCGACAUGAGCAUCGUGCCGAGCACCCUGCAAAAGGACACGAUCCUCACAGCACUGCUCUCCUUGCAUCCCGCUGGCACGCAUGCCUCGUGUGUGCACAUGCCGCGCACGCCUGACCAAGUCGCACAUCCCUCUCGAGAAGCAUGCGCUGCGUAUGACCCAUGGCUUGUGCUGAAUCUUGUGGGAGGUGCAAUGCUCGAGCGCGAGCAGCAAGAGCCCAUGGGUCAUGUGCAUCUGACGGGUCUCGAAUGGCUUGCAAUCCUGCGCACCGGCGCUGUGGGCGUCGUGGCAUGUUGCCUCUCGUCGCAUCGAGCGUCAUUGCGUCUAUAUGCGACAAAGGUGCUCGGUAAGAUGUAUGCGGCACUGCAACCAACAACAUUCCGAGAAAAAGAGCUCGUUCUGCUUGCGCUUGAGCGGAUUCGCGAUACCCUUCCCCCGCCACCACCAACGUCUGUCCAUGGUACAUACGAGCAGGUGCCUUGGCUUCCAUCCAUCACCACCCUGUUUGCAGCACAUGCCCUGCGUGCGAUCGCCAUGCCGUAUCAUCUGCUUUUCCCAGAGAUGUUCCGCUUUCUUCUGCAGCGUCCGCGCCUUGACACGCAAGAUGUGCCGCUGCUGUACAACCUGCUACACUCCACGUCCGACGAGUGGCGCACAGAGCGGGCGUGGAUUCUUCGCUUCCUGGGCGACGCACUCCAUGCGCAUGCACACGUCGCGGCGACAUCUCACCCACAAGGCGUAGCCCGUGCAAAGGUGGAGUGGAAGGUGUUCAAACGCCGCCGCAUUUGGGACUUGAUGCUUAGUCUGUAUGCAGCUAUGGCGGACCGCACUAGCGGUGGGCAUGCAGACGCCAACACGGACCAGCGUCUCGCGUCGCAAAUGGAAGAGAUCAUGCUUGCUUCCGCUUCUAUCCCACACGUGGCCCAUGAACUCAUGACCCGUCGCGGGCUGCUAGCGUGGAUCACGCUUCGUAUCUCUAGUGAGCAUGGUGGCAACGAACCCGCAAGCGACCGAGCAUCGUUCUGGCUCACGUGGCUCUGGCGCCUGUGUGCUCCGCCCACUCUUGCACACAAGGAUGUGCUUGCACGUCUUGAGCUUAUCGACAGGCAGAUGGACGGCGCUCUGGUUACGUCCGUGCUCAUCCCAGCGACGCGCGCCCUCACACAACACGGCGCGUCUGACACAGCUAGAUCGCUGCAUGGCAUGUCACGUGCAUGCGUUCAGCCUGCGCUAGCCCUCGUGUUGGUCCUGCUCGAGUAUGCUGUGCUGCAUGCAUCUUCGCGUGUGCGCAGAAAUGCAUUCGCUUGCAUUGGUGUGCUGGACACGAUUAUUCUCUGGAUGGCAUCAGACCGUCAUCACGAAGCAGACUUGGACGAUCAUGCAUUGCAGUGCGUCCUUCUCCUGGCGUGUUGUGGUGCACCAGAACAUCACGUGCACCGCCUCUUCCGCUCUCUACGCAUAUGUAACAUGCACCCGUGGACCUGGAAGCCGCGUCCCUGGGCGCUGCACUCGCUCUUGCAGCUUCAUCGACAGUAA